CCAUUUCAUCUGCAUCUAUAAAAUCUCUGAAUUGGCAAGGCAAGGCAAUGUUGGAAGCUAAGCUUCAUAAGCAAGCCCUUCUGGCGGAAGAAGGAAUAUUAAGAUGUUGGAAGGGAAAGGUAUGGUGAAAGAAACUGACAUGCCGUUAAAGAUGCAAAUCCAGGCCAUGGCAUGUGCUUCUAAGGCCCUUGACCUUUAUGAUGUUCAUGAUUGCAUCUCUAUUGCUGCUCACAUCAAGAAGUUUUUUGAUCUGAAGGAAUUUGAUAAGGUGUAUGGAAUGGGAUGGCAAUGUGUGGUGGGUUUCAAUUUUGGGUGCUUCUUCACCCAUUCACCUGGCACUUUCAUCUAUUUUGCUCUUGAGACCCUUAAUUUCCUUAUAUACAAGGGAACCUCCUCUGAUCUCUCUUCUCUUUCUGUAACAUAGCAUAGGUUUUCUUUAUCAUCUCAAGUGUAUCAAUCAAACCAUAAUUAAUUAAAGGAAAAGUCUAGGGCCAGCAAUUUUAUUGCAUUCUGGCCUAUCAUGUAACCAGCAGAGAAAUGUGAGCCAUUGAAUGAAAUCUCACACAAAUCUCACACCAUCAAAUCAUCAUUGAUGGCUAGUUAAUGGCUACUAAUCACAAAUAUUGCUGGCCCUAGCAUUGCUCUCAAUUAAAAUGUAUGUUCUCCUUGCUUUAUUCAUUCUUAUUUCCUGUCGUGUUAACCUGCGUUUGUUUCUCCGAAUAUAAUAAGA